ACCACAGCAAAGCAGUGCAGAAUAAACUCUGUACAAUAAGAUACCCCUCAGAGCAUCAGCAAACUGGGGAAAGAGCAGUUCCCGUUUAGCUGUAAACAUUUGGCAGCAGUGGGAUUUCUCCCUAGGAUCAAGGAUUGUCACCCCUUGUCCUCCCCCUUCCACCCUUUUUCUGCUUCCCCACCAUUCCUGAAUGUUGGACUUGCCAAUUUUGGCUCCCACUGACAUGAGUGACAAUUGGCUGAACGUACAGUCAGAAGAAGAGAAAGGCCAGGAAAGCAGCAUGGCGGAUUCGGGCAACCUGGAUGACAGUUUGACCAGCUUGCAGUGGCUUCAAGAAUUCUCCAUAAUCAAUGCCAACAUGGGCAAGUCAUCUUCUUCUCCAUCCAGUACAGAUCCCCAUGGUUAUCACAAAAUUCCUGGCUCUGCUGCGCCCUGCUCCCCCCUGGCUGGGGAUCCAGCUUGUAUGGGGAUGCCCCAUACGCCAGGCAAGCCCAUCUCCUCUUCUACAUCCAGGACUGCACAUCUGCAAGGCCAACCCCUGGAAGACAUAGAUUACAAGACAAAUCCCCACGUCAAGCCUCCUUAUUCCUAUGCCACACUUAUUUGUAUGGCUAUGGAAGCCAGCAAGAAAACCAAAAUCACCCUCUCAGACAUCUACAAGUGGAUUACAGAUAAUUUCUGCUAUUUCCGGCAUGCUGAUCCCACAUGGCAGAACUCCAUUAGGCACAACCUCUCCUUGAACAAGUGCUUCAUCAAGGUGCCACGAGAGAAGGAUGAACCAGGAAAAGGUGGCUUCUGGAAGAUUGAUCCUCAGUAUGCAGAUAGAUUGAUGAAUGGCGCAUUCAAGAAGCGCAGGAUGCCUCCGGUGCAGAUCCAUCCAGCCUUCACUGGGCGAAUCCAACAGGAUGGCUGCUCCAGUUCUUCUGCUCAACAGGCUGCAACCUCUUGGAAAAGCAAUGGCAUCCUAAAAAUCAAUAUGGAGUCUCAGCAGCUACUCAAAGAGUUUGAAGAAGUCACGAGCAAUGACCAAAACUGGAACCCAACUGUGGAUGGGAAAAUGAGCCAUAAACGUAAGCAGCCUUUGCCAAAACGGAUGUACAAGACAGCCCGCCUCUCCAGCUCCCCCAUGCUGACACAGGAAGAGCAGACAGAACUUGGGUCUCUCAAAGGUGACUUUGACUGGGAAGCUAUCUUUGACACCACUUUAAAUGCUGACUUCUCCAGCUUUGAAGAUUUGGAAAUCACACCUCCCAUUAGCCCAAUAACCAGGGAUGUAGAUUUGACUGUGCAUGGAAGACAUAUUGGUUGCCCACAUGAAUGGUGCCCAGCUGGGCAGGAUUAUGUUUUAACAGAGUCCAACCAGAACAGCCUAGACUUUGAUGAAACCUUCAUUGCUACUUCUUUCCUCCAGCAUCCCUGGGAUGAAGGGAGAAACGAUUACCUCUCGGGUUCUGGCAACAUGGAUCCACUGUUUGAACUCAAUGACCCUACGUUGCAGACAGAAAUGAAUGAGUGGAAUGAUGCUGGUCGCCUUUAAUAUGAGAGAGAACUCAAGCUGGAAGGCUCAAGAUCAUUGUAGACUUACCAGCUCUGCAAGCAAGAUGCUCCCAGUUCUGAAAGACUUUGCAAAGCAAAAGAAUCCUAUAACAAAUGAGAUUUUUUAUUGUGAGGACCAAGUGAAUCACAGAGGUGUCCAGGGUGGUAAAAGAUCUGUAGAGUCUGGCUGACUGUAUCUAAAUGCAACUUAUAUGGGGAACUCUGUACCCCAAAAGAUAACAAUUAAUAAUACAGUACUUAUUUUUGUGUACUUUUAAAGAAAUAUGGAUUUUUCUACUGGGGUGGUGGUGGAGGAAUUUGGAAAAGUCUCGUCUUCCUUGGAGGGAAGGAGAGGUGAAGACGUCUGGGGGGAAAAGGAGGAAGAACUGACCUUGUCUUGCAAACAGCAAGAACAUGUUAGAUCUUCUGCAAUUUUUGUUCCUUCUUCUGUCCAUUAUUUCACCCUGUGUAUUGUGUGAGUGUGUUUGUAUACAUUUGCCCAGAGAAAAUUUCUGUGUAAAAUGUGAGACAAUUAAGUAGCUGACAGGUAUAAUUUCCACCUGUAUUUUGGGAAUUUCAGCCACCUGUCUACACUAGGACUAGUUUAGAAGGUGAAGUCUAUAUACUUUCAAGAUCUUCCAGGCUUUUAAAAUACAGCCUACUACAUAUCUAUAACAAAACCUAUAUUUUUAGCUAAAGGGCACAAUCAGUAGUGUACUGGGAAUGAGGAUUGUAAUAAUGUUAAUUAAGCCUUAAGUGUAUCAAGUGUUUGUUAUACAGAAGGAAAUGUAAUGAAAUAUGCAAGUGGGAAUUCCUGCCAGUAGAGGAUUUAAAUGAAAGAUCCAUAAAUGGGGGCCUGAUGUUCUCCAGAAGGUCCUUUUUACUUAUUUUUGUAUUUCAAAUUCUUUAUACUUUUACAAUCUUGACUGAAUGUGUAUGCUGUAAAACCUGGACAUGAAGUCAUGGCAGGCAGAUCCUCUAAAGAUAUGGAUUACUAACAAAAUACUGUAUUGUUACCUAACCAGAAGACAUGAAGGAAUUUGUAUGUUCACAUGAGACUCUGACAAGUCAGCUGAAAAAAAUCAACAACAGCUGACUUUGAUUAUGAAGGGCUAUAUAUUUUUCUUUUCUUUGGUCAAGGAACUGUCAAAUUGCUGAAAUUUUUCUCUGCUUUAGUUGACACAUUCUUAGAUGUGAUGCCACUGUCAGCCAGUGGCAAUUGGGUGUUAGUUUGAUUCAAACAAAACAGCUCCUAAUGUUCAUGUUCUUCUAUGGUUCUAGACUUAAGUGGACGGACCAAAGACUGUACAUGCAGUGAAAGCUGCAAAUGAAAGAAGGAGUCUAAAGCUUCAGUUUGCCUCAAUGCCCUGUUGUUGUUUUUUUACUCUAGAACUAAGGUGGACACCCAACUAGGUAUUGUUAGCCCAGAGCCAAUAUUCAUCUUAACAUUUGCAUGCAUUUAAAUAAAACAAAAUAUGCUCAAUUCCAAUAGUCAUUAAAGUCAUUAAACCUUGUUUGAAACAUGGUGGUAAUGCAUAUAUAUUGCCUUUUUAAAAUGCCGUAUGAUAGUUCUAUGGAGAGU